AUGCUGCUGCUGAUGGCUGGAGUUAAGUGGGACAUUAGGGAGAUAAUGUCGCAGCACAACGUGUACGUGGACGUCCUGUUAAAGGUAAUGUGGCAUGUGUGUGUUUUAGUAUGUGUGAAUGUAAUGACUAAAAUGUGGUGAAGGACAUGUACACUACCAGUCAAAAGUUUGAACACACCUACACAUUCAAGGGUUUUUCUUUAUUUUCACAAUUGUUUACAUUGUAGAAUAAUAGUAAAGACAUCAAAGCUAUGAAAUAACACAUAUGGAAUCAUGUAGUAACCAAAAAAGUGUUACACAAAUCAAAAUAUGUUUUAUAUUUGAGAUUCUUCAAAUAGCCACCCUUUGCCUUGAUGACAGCUGUUCAGAGGAGACUGUGAAUCAGGCCUUCAUGGUAGAAUUGCUGCAAAGAAACAACUACUAAAGGAAACCAAUAAGAAGAAGAGACCUGCUUGGGCCAAGAAACACGAGCAAUGGACAUUGGACCAGUGGAAAUGUGUCAUUUGGUCUGGAGUCUAAAUUUGAGAUUUUUGGUUCCAACCGCUGUGUCUUUGUGAGACGCGGCGUGGGUGAAAGAAUGAUCUCUGCAUGUGUAGUUCCCACCGUAAAGCAUGGAGGAGGAGGUGUUAUGGUGUGGGGGUGAUUUGCUGGUGACACUGUCUGUGAUUUAUUUAGAAUUCAAGGCACACUUAACCAGCAUGGCUACCACAGCAUUCUGCAGUGAUACGAGUUCCCAUCUGGUUUGGGCUUAGUGGGCCUAUCAUUUGUUUUUAAACAGGACAAUCACCCAACACACCUGUAAGGGCUAUUUGACCAAGAAGGAGAGUGAUGGAGUGCUGCAUCAGAUGACCUGGCCUCCACAAUCCCCCGACCUCAACCCAAUUGAGAUGGUUUGGGAUGAGUUGGACCGCAGAGUGAAGGAAAAGCAGCCAACAAGUGCUCAGCAUAUGUGGGAACUCCUUCGAGACUGUUGGAAAAGCAUUCCAGGUGAAGCUGGUUGAGAGAAGGCCAAGAGUGUGCAAAGCUGUCAUCAAGGCAAAGGGUGGCUAUUUAAAAAAUCUCCAAUAUAAAAUAUAUAGUGGGGGAAAAAAAGUAUUUAGUCAGCCACCAAUUGUGCAAGUUCUCCCACUUAAAAAGAUGAGAGAGGCCUGUAAUUUUCAUCAUAGGUACACGUCAACUAUGACAGACAAAUUGAGAUUUUUUUUCUCCAGAAAAUCACAUUGUAGGAUUUUUUAUGAAUUUAUUUGCAAAUUAUGUUGGAAAAUAAGUAUUUGGUCACCUACAAACAAGCAAGAUUUCUGGCUCUCACAGACCUGUAACUUCUUCUUUAAGAGGCUCCUCUGUCCUCCACUCGUUACCUGUAUUAAUGGCACCUGUUUGAACUUGUUAUCAGUAUAAAAGACACCUGUCCACAACCUCAAACAGUCACACUCCAAACUCCACUAUGGCCAAGACCAAAGAGCUGUCAAAGGACACCAGAAACAAAAUUGUAGGCCUGCACCAGGCUGGGAAGACUGAAUCUGCAAUAGGUAAGCAGCUUGGUUUGAAGAAAUCAACUGUGGGAGCAAGUAUUAGGAAAUGGAAGACAUACAAGACCACUGAUAAUCUCCCUCGAUCUGGGGCUCCACGCAAGAUCUCACCCCGUGGGGUCAAAAUGAUCACAAGAACGGUGAGCAAAAAUCCCAGAACCACACGGGGGGACCUAGUGAAUAACCUGCAGAGAGCUGGGACCAAAGUAACAAAGCCUACCAUCAGUAACACACUACGCCGCCAGGGACUCAAAUCCUGCAGUGCCAGACGUGUCCCCCUGCUUAAGCCAGUACAUGUCCAGGCCCGUCUGAAGUUUGCUAGAGUGCAUUUGGAUGAUCCAGAAGAGGAUUGGGAGAAUGUCAUAUGGUCAGAUGAAACCAAAAUAUAACUUUUUGGUAAAAACUCAACUCGUCGUGAUUGGAGGACAAAGAAUGCUGAGUUGCAUCCAAAGAACACCAUAACUACUGUGAAGCAUGGGGGUGGAAACAUCAUGCUUUGGGGCUGUUUUUCUGCAAAGGGACCAGGACGACUGAUCCGUGUAAAGGAAAGAAUGAAUGGGGCCAUGUAUCGUGAGAUUUUGAGUGAAAACCUCCUUCCAUCAGCAAGGGCAUUGAAGAUGAAACGUGGCUGGGUCUUUCAGCAUGACAAUGAUCCCAAACACACCGCCCGGGCAACGAAGGAGUUACUUCGUAAGAAGCAUUUCAAGGUCCUGGAGUGGCCUAGCCAGUCUCCAGAUCUCAACCCCAUAGAAAAUCUUUGGAGGGAGUUGAAAGUCCGUGUUGCCCAGCGACAGCCCCAAAUCAUCACUGCUCUAGAGGAGAUCUGCAUGGAGGAAUGGGCCAAAAUACCAGCAACAGUGUGUGAAAACCUUGUGAAGACUUACAGAAAACGUUUGACAUGUGUCAUUGCCAACAAAGGGUAUAUAACAAAGUAUUGAGAAACUUUUGUUAUUGACCAAAUGCUUAUUUUCCACCAUAAUUUGCAAAUAAAUUCAUUAAAAAUCCUACAAUGUGAUUUUCUGGAAAAAAAAUUCUCAUUUUGUCUGUCAUAGUUGACUGAUGAAAAUUACAGGCCUCUCUCAUCUUUUUAAGUGGGAGAACUUGCACAAUUGGUGGCUGACUAAAUACUUUUUUCCCCCACUGUAUUUUGAUUUGUUUAACACUUUUUGGGUUACUACAUGAUUCCAUAUGUGUUAUUUCAUAGUUUUGAUGUCUUCACUAUUGUUCUACAAUUUAGAAAAUAGUACAAAUAAAGAAAAACCCUGGAAUGAGUAGGUGUGUCCAAACUUUUGACUGGUACUGUAUGUGGUGUGAGUGUAUUCCUGAAACUGAUUACUUCUUUAAGGUCAUGUCCGUUAGUCAUGUCGUUGCUGUAAUAAUAAAGAGAUGGAUCAUGGUUCAUGGCUGAUUUUCCUCUGUAUAUAUUUUCUGUAAAAAACCCAAGGAGCUAUAAACUCCACAUAUAGAACGCAUGCUGGCCUCUGGAACAUAGUGGCGGUGUCGCACUGUCAUGUCCAAUGAGUCUAUGUAGAGACCUGACUUGGCUUGACCUGGAAAAUAGGCCUGUCUCCAUACCGAGAUAGAUCAAUAUAAUAAUUCCUGUAAAAUGUAUUUAUUUAUAUAUUUUAAUAUGAUUGAAUAUAUCGUGGAGUUGCAGACCCCUGACCAUAUCAGAUCACACAAAAUACUGUGUUGACAUUACGUCUUAGCAAAGCAUACUGUAACGACCCUAGCCUUUGUAAGUCCAUUACCAUUCUCCUAAGGGAAAUAGCAGUCACUCUCCUGGGGCUGUAGGGUCGGGUGACCCGGGCUCUAACCCCCGCUAGGACGGUACUCUCUUCCACUGUUCGCUACUACAAUAGCAUUAAAUGUUACAUAUCAACCCAACUAAAGAACUAAAGGCACUAGCAUUUACCAUAUAUAUUCUACAGGAUUAUGCAAGGCAUCCUUUAGGACAGGAGCCCUCACACUGUUGAAGAUUGAAUUUACAUUGAGCUUCCCCUGUUCUCAAAGCGCUUUACAUAGUCGACAGACAGUUCAAUCACAGAUGUAAUCUCAUCUACAUUACAUGGCCAAAAGUAUAUGGACACCUGCUCGUCGAACAUCUAAUUCCGAAAUCAAAUCAAAUCAAAUCAAAAUGUAUUUGCCACAUGCGCCGAAUACAACAGGUGUAGACAUUACCGUGAAAUGCUUACUUACAGCCCUUAACCAACAAUGCAUUUAUUUCUUAUUAAAAAAGUCAAAUAAAACAACAACAACAAAAAAGUGUUGAGAAAAAAAGAGCAGAAGUAAAAUAAAAUAACAGUAGGGAGGCUAUAUACAGGGGGGUACCGGUGCAGAGUCAAUGUCCGGGGGCACCGGCUAGUUGAGGUAGUUGAGGUAAUAUGUACAUGUGGGUAGAGUUAAAGUGACUAUGCAUAAAUAAUUAACAGAGUAGCAGCAGCGUAAAAAGAUAGGGUGGGGGUGCAAAGAGUCCGGGUAGCCAUGAUUAGCUGUUCAGGAGUCUUAUGGCUUGAGGGUAGAAGCUGUUGAGAAGCCUUUUGGACCUAGACUUGGCGCUUCGGUACCGCUUGCCGUGCGGUAGCAGAGAGAACAGUCUAUGACUAGAGUGGCUGGAGUCUUUGACAAUUUUGAGGGCCUUCCUCUGACACCGCCUGGUAUAGAGGUCCUGGAUGGCAGGAAGCUUGGCCCCAGUGAUGUACUGGGCCGUACGCACUACCCUCUGUAGUGCCUUGCGGUCGGAGGCCGAGCAGUUGCCAUACCAGGCAGUGAUGCAACCAGUCAGGAUGCUCUCGAUGGUGCAUCUGUAUAACUUUUUGAGGAUCUGAGGACCCAUGCCAAAUCUUUUCAGUCUCCUGAGGGGGAAUAGGCUUUGUCGUGCCCUCUUCACGACUGUCUUGGUGUGUUUGGACCAUGAUAGUUUGUUGGUAAUGUGGACACCAAGGAACUUGAAGCUCUCAACCUGUUCAACUACAGCCCCGUCGAUGAGAAUGGGGGCGUGCUCAGUCCUCUUUUUUUUCCUGUAGUCCACAAUCAUCUCCUUUGUCUUGAUCACGUUGAGGGAGAGGUCUCUGACCUCCUCCCUAUAGGCUGUCUCAUCGUUGUCUGUGACCUGCUUAAAAGUCUUACUCACAUCGGCUACGGAGAGCGUGAUCACAUAGUCAUCCGCAACAGCUGGUGCUCUCAUGCAUGCUUCAGUGUUACUUGCCUCGAAGCGAGCAUAGAGGUGGUUUAGCUCGUCUGGUAGGCUUGUGUCACUGGGCAGCUCGCGGCUGUGCUUCCCUUUGUAGUCUGUAAUAGUUUUCAAGCCCUGCCACAUCCGACGAGCGUCAGAGCCAGUGUAGUACGAUUCUUAUAUGCGUCCGGGUUGGAGUCCCACUCCUUGAAAGCGGCAGCUCUACCCUUUAGCUCAGUGCGGAUGUUGCCUGUAAUCCAUGGCUUCUGGUUGGGGUAUGUACGUAUGGUCACUGUGGGGAAGACGUCAUCGAUGCACUUAUUGAUGAAGCCAGUGACUGAUGUGAUGUACUCCUCAAUGCUAUCUGAAGAAUCCCGGAACAUGUUCCAGUCUGUGCUAGCAAAACACUCCUGUAGCUUAGCAUCUGCGUCAUCUGACCACUUUUCUAUUAUCCGAGUCACUGGUGCUUCCUGCUUUAGUUUUUGCUUAUAAGCAGGAGUCAGGAGGAUAGAGUUAUGGUCAGAUUUGCCAAAUGGAGGACGAGGGAGAGCUUUGUAUGCGUCUCUGUGUGUGGAGUAAAGGUGGUCUAGAGUUCUUUUUCCCUCUGGUUGCACAUUUAACAUGCUGGUAGAAAUUAGUUAGAACGGAUUUAAGUUUCCCUGCAUUAAAGUCCCCGGCCACUAGGAGCGCUGCCUCUGGAUGAGCGUUUUCCUGUUUAGUUAUGGCCAGCUCAUUGAGUGCAAUCUUAAUGCCAGCAUUGGUUUGUGGUGGUAAAUAGACAGCUAUGAAAAAUAUAGAUGAAAACUCUCUCGGUAAAUAGUGUGGUCUACAGCUUAUCAUAAGGUACUCUACCUCAUGCGAGCAAAACCUAGAGACUUCCUUAGUAUUUGAUUUUGUGCACCAGCUGUUGUUUACAAAUAUACACAGACAGCCACCCCUUGUCUUACCGGAGUCAGCCGUACUAUCCUGCCGAUGUAGCGUAUAGCCCGCUAGCUGUAUGUUGUCCAUGUCGUCGUUCAGGCACGACUCAGUGAAACAUAAGAUAUUACAGUUUUUUAUGUCCCGUUGGUAGGAUAAGCGUAAUCGUAGUUCAUCUAAUGAUUGAAGAUUGGCUAAUAAGAUUGAUGGAAGAGGCAGUUUACUCGCUCGCCGUCGGAUCCUUACGAGGCAUCCCGACCUACGUCCACGAUAUCUCCGUCUCUUUCUCCUGCGAAUGACGGGGAUUUGGGCCUUGUCGGGUGUCUGUAGGAUAUCCUUUGCGGCAGCCUCGUUGAAGAAAAAAUAUUAGUCCAAUACGAGGUGAGUAAUUGCUGUCCUGAUAUCCAGAAGCUCUUUUUGGUUAUAAGAGACGAUGGCAGAAACAUUAUGUACAGAAUAAAUUAAAAAUAACGCGAAAAAACACACAUAAUAGUACAAUUGGUUAGAGGGCUGUAAAACGGCAGCCAUCUUCUCCGGCAUUAAUAUCCAGUUGGUCCCCCGUUUGCUGCCAUAACAGCCUCAACUCUUCUGGGAAGGCUUUCCACUAGAUGUUGGAACAUUGCUGCAGGGACUUGCUUCCAGUACAUCACUGGAGAGCAUUAGUGAGGUCGGGCACUGAUGUUGGGCUAUUAGGCCUGGCUCGCAGUAGGCGUUCCAAUUAAUCCCAAAGGUGUUUGAUGGGGUUGAGGUCAGGGCUCUGUGCGGGCCAGUCAAGUUCUUCCACACCGAUCUUGACAAACCAUUUCUGUAUGGACCUCGCUUUGUGCUUAGGGGCAUUGCCAUGCUGAAACAAGAAAGGGCCUUCCCCAAACUGUUGCCACAAAGUUGGAAUCGUCUAGAAUGUCAUUGUGUGCUGUAGCGUUAAGAUUUCCCUACACUGGAACUAAGGGGCCUAGCCCGAACCAUUUUAAAACAGCCCCAGACCAUUAUUCCUCCUCCACCAAACUUUAAAGCUGGCACUAUGCAUUCGGGCAGGUUGCGUUCUCCUGGCAUCCGCCAAACCCAGAUUCGUCCAUCGGACUGCCAGAUGGUGAAGCGUGAUUCAUCACUGUGGUCCUCUGUAGCUCAAUUGGUAGAGCACGGCGCUUGUAACGCCAAGGUAGUGGGUUCGAUCCCCGGGACCACCCAUACACAAAAAAAUGUAUGCACGCAUGACUGUAAGUCGCUUUGGAUAAAAGCGUCUGCUAAAUGGCAUAUUAUAUUAUUAUAUUAUAGAACAUGUUUCCACUGCUCCAGAGUUCAAUGGUGGCGAGCUUUACACCACUCCAGCCGACGCUUCGAAUUGCACAUGGUGAUCUUAGGCUGCUCGGCCAUGGAAACCCAUUUCAUGAAGCAGUUAUUGUGCUGACGUUGCUUCCAGAGGCAGUUUGGAACUCGGUAGUGAGUGUUGCAGACGAUUUUUACGUGCUUCGCGCUUCUGCACUCGGCGGUCCCGUUCUGUGAGCUUUGUGGCCUACCACUUCGCGGCUGAGUCGUUGUUGCUCUUAGACGUUUCCACUUCACAAUAACAACAUUUACAGUUGACAGGGGCAGCUCUAGCAGGGCAGAGAUUUGAUGAACUGACUUGUUGGAAAGGUGGCAUCCUAUGACAGUGCCACGUUGAAUGUCACUGAGCUCUUCAGUCCGGGCUACUGCCAUUUUUUGUCUAUGGAGAUUGCAUGGCUGUGUGCUCGAAUUUAUACACCAGUCAGCAACGUUUGUGGCUGAAAUAGCCAAAUCCUCUCAUUUGAAGGGGUGUCCACAUACAGUGAGGGAAAAAAGUAUUUGAUCCCCUGCUGAUUUUGUACGUUUGCCCACUGACAAAGAAAUUAUCAGUCUAUAAUUUUUAAUGGUAGGUUUAUUUGAACAGUGAGAGACAGAAUAACAACAAAAAAAUCCAGAAAAAAGCAUGUCAAAAAUGUUAUAAAUUGAUUUGCAUUUUAAUGAGGGAAAUAAGUAUUUGACCCCCUCUCAAUCAGAAAGAUUUCUGGCUCCCAGGUGUCUUUUUUACAGGUAACGAGCUGUGAUUAGGAGCACACUCUUAAAGGGAGUGCUCCUAAUCUCAGUUUGUUACCUGUAUAAAAGACACCUGUCCACAGAAGCAAUCAAUCAAUCAGAUUCCAAACUCUCCACCAUGGCCAAGACCAAAGAGCUCUCCAAGGAUGUCAGGGACAAGAUUGUAGACCUACACAAGGCUGGAAUGGGCUACAAGACCAUCGCCAAGCAGCUUGGUGAGAAGGUGACAACAGUUGGUGUGAUUAUUCGCAAAUGGAAGAAACACAAAAUAACUGUCAAUCUCCCUCGGCCUGGGGCUCCAUGCAAGAUCUCACCUCGUGGAGUUGCAAUGAUCAUGAGAACGGUGAGGAAUCAGCCCAGAACUACACGGGAGGAUCUUGUCAAUGAUCUCAAGGCAGCUGGGACCAUAGUCACCAAGAAAACAAUUGGUAACACACUACGCCGUGAAGGACUGAAAUCCUGCAGCGACGCAAGGUCCCCCUGCUCAAUAAAUCACAUAUACAGGGCCGUCUGAAGUUUGCCAAUGAACAUCUGAAUGAUUCAGAGGAGAACUGGGUGAAAGUGUUGUGGUCAGAUGAGACCAAAAUGGAGCUCUUUGGCAUCAACUCAACUCGCCGUGUUUGGAGGAGGAGGAAUGCUGCCUAUGACCCCAAGAACACCAUCCCCACCGUCAAACAUGGAGGUGGAAACAUUAUGCUUUGGGUGUGUUUUUCUGCUAAGGGGACAGGACAACUUCACUGCAUCAAAGGGACGAUGGACGGGGCCAUGUACCGUCAAAUCUUGGGUGAGAACCUCCUUCCCUCAGCCAGGGCAUUGAAAAUGGGUUGUGAUGGGUAUUCCAGCAUGACAAUGACCCAAAACACACGGCCAAGGCAACAAAGGAGUGGCUCCAGAAGAAGCACAUUAAGGUCCUGGAGUACUAAGUCAUGUUUUGCAGAGGGGUCAAAUACUUAUUUCCCUCAUUAAAAUGGAAAUCAAUUCAUAACAUUUUUGACAUGCGUUUUUCUGGAUUUUUUUGUUGUUAUUCUGUCUCUCACUGUUCAAAUAAACCUACCAUUAAAAUUAUAGACUGAUCAUGUCUUUGUCAGUGGGCAAACGUACAAAGUCAGCAGGGGAUCAAAUACUUUUUUUCCCUCACUGUGUAUUUUAGUUAAGCUAGACCACAUGACUAUUUUGUAGCAUCUUGAAAAUGGAUUGGUACUACUAUUUCAAUGUGUUUGUUUGUCUGCAGUACACGGGCAGGUUGCCCAGUUGGACAGCUGUGUGUCUAUACCACAGUAGUUCAGGUUAAGUGCUGUUCUUAUGAAUCCCACAGUAGAGCACACUUACAGUAUCUCAUGGGAAACCAGCUAGUCACCACACAUCCCCCUAACAUGGCCAUCUCUCUCCUAUUCCCCCUAUGAACAUUCAAAUGCACUGCAGGAAGAAAAAUAUCCCAAAUACUUUUUGUAGUUGCAAUGGCGAAACAAUUUUUUUCUUCAGUGAGGCUCCCUGGAUAGGAACUAAAGAUGACACCUCUCAUUUGAUACUGUCUAUUGGAAAUGUAUUUGAAAUGCAGUGAGAUCUUUCAAAUAUGGAUUAUUUUUUAAACCAAAUUUUCAGGUGAUUCCGGAAGCACAAGGUCAUCGACUUUUCAUCUCUUUCAACAUGUCAAGAUCUUUGUUUAAAGUUUCCUCUUCUUAUUCUCCUAAUCACUCCUAGAGGUCUUCCGAUAUCAAUUAUUUGCCAGUUAGGGUUUGAAUAAUUCAUAUAAUGGAAGAAGUUUGGGGAGUUUAAUGCAGAUUCAGGAAGCGAAGUUUGAGGUUUGUUAAGGAAAGGUGAGUUUCUUAGGUCCCCUGCUGUAACUAUCUCCAGGCUUAAAGUUCUCUUCCCAAAUGAGUAUCAAAUCGUUAUUCAUUCCUUCCACUUAUCCCAUCAUACAUUUUGAAUGGGGACGUGUGGCUCAGCGUGGCAUGAUGAGCAUGAAGCCGGAGCAUACGGAGAGAGAGGGCUCUAGUGUUGAGGAACAGAUGGGGGUUUUGCAGUGGAAGCGUGACCGUGGUCCUUAUUUGCGAGCCAGAAGCCAAGAGAAUCCCCCAAAUAUGCAUAAACAUGUCUGUCUGAUCAGCCAUAGCUUUAAAUCCUGAACCACGUCGAGCAAACCACCGCACAUCCUCCAAUUCUAAUGAACAACUCAGGCUCACCUUUCUGGAUCCAUGGAUCGGCAAGCUGGAAGACGGCUCUCUGUGAGCAUUAUUAAGCUGCUUUAAGCCAAACUCAUUUUGUUUAAGCCAAAUAGUCAGAGGAAAAGUGUCUGCCUCACUGGCUUGAUUUAAACAUAUUGCCAUGUCUUUCAACAAGUUAUUAGGUAGAAAAGUAUUACUAUUUCUAUUUCACUGAGAGUAACUGUCAGGUUGAAAUGUAUGCUGCUCAUCCAAUCUUUUUCUGAGUAUGGUAGAGGUGUGCAGGUCAGCUGUUUGUUCGCCCGCCCGCAAUUGCUAAUAACCCAUCCACAACCGCCCGACUAUAUGUGAUAAAGUGAAAAUCUGAGGCCUGCACCCAACCCUCACCCGCUAAUAUAGAAAAUGUGCUGUAGGCUACAGUCACAGACGGCGGAACAAUUUUUGGACAGGGGGUGCAGAAUUGAUUUUGCCUGAUUUAAAUGUUUCUGCUUAUAAUUUCCGACAUUUUGGUAGGCUAUUUGUUAGUCAACUUGUCUAUAAUUAGAUACAUGCAGCUUCUCUUCUGUCAUUAUGUGUUGCCCCAGAAGACUAAGUAAACCCUUGCUCACCAGAAUAAUGUCCGAAAGACAUCAGUUUGACCGGUUGUAAGGAAAUAGAAAGCUGUGAAAACGACCCAACAUGUUUCUGAUAUGAUUUCAGUUUGGCUUGGAUGCAUAUUUUAUAUGGUUGAAGUGCUAUCAGCUUUUAUGAUGCUGAUAAAGAUAGCACCUCUACAGACGGUCCCUAACUGCACAUUCACAUUCUCUCAAGAUCUGAAAUAAAUAAAUAAUGUUACUGCAAGAAAUGCAGGAGUUAAUAUUAAGGCUAUGUGAGAGGUUAUAGACCUACAGUCUGUGUCCAGAUUUCAGUUUCCAUUUAACCCAUCUGAACAGUAGGCUACAGUUCCCUUGAUGUGCCAUAGGCCUAUUUGAAGUCCUGUCUUGUGACUGUAAAUUGUGUACAGAGCCUCACAAUCAUCACACGACAUUCACUGCUAUCAUCCUGUUUUACCACUUCGCCAAAUCUUUCCCAAACGUGACUUUUCUGUCCCUCCCUUCUCUUUAUUUACAACUCUCCUUUCACAGCUUUUCUUUUGUCUUUUUGAAUUAAACUCUGACCUUUCUUCCUCCGUGGAUCGAUGUAAUCUUUUUCUGCCCGUUCCUAAAAGCAUUUGGCGGUUGGCGUGUAGGUUAUUCGGUGCACGUACAGUUGGGCCUUAAAGUUUAGGCUUACGCACUUAUGCCAGAUAGCCUAAAAUAAUGAAAGAACAACCUCAAUGUAGCCUAUAGAUAUAAAUUGCACAAUAAUUAUACAUUUAUGGAUUUUUUUAAGGUAUUGUUUUCUCUAUAUUCAACCCGCCCUUCAUCCACACGCCCUUUAUUCACACAACAUUUAAUGACCCUAAACCCGCCCACCCUGUGGAUAUAAGCACAGGGACUGCGGGUUAUGAGUCAACCCAUGCAUCACUAUAGUAUGGUUUAUGAUUAACAAGUUAUUGAUACAGGGUUGUAUUGUAUAGGAGAUGAUGUACCGUGUAGGAGAAUGUUGUAUUCAUGAGUUUGUGUUGAAUAUUAGGAUCCAAUAAUGGCAUAUAUUUGCAUUUAGAUUGGAAAUUGUUGUAGGGGCACUGACAUUGUCUCAUUUACAAACCAGGCUAUUCAAAAUGUGAGCGUUUGAUGGCACAUAAUUGUUGUUUGAAAAGACAUUCAAUUCAGUCCUUGUUUACUUUCAGGAAACCUAUUUUUACAUUUGUGACUGUAUGAUGAAAUUCUGAUGCAUAUGAUUUCUCCUGGUGAAUUAUGCCAGUUAGAUGCAAUACCUUAUCAUGUACAACCUCUUUAGUGAAAAAUGUGUUACCUUAAUUUCCCUUUACGGUGUUGUGCAGUUUGCCAGCAUGAACCACUACACCGUUCACCAUAAUUACCUCCAUUCAUUUCUAAUUGAAAAAAAACAUUUUGAAGGAUCGCUGGCCGUUUUCUGACUCCCCGUCUGUACUAUUGGGGCUUUUGCAUCAACAACAAACAAGGUGUAAGAACACGGUGGUACAUGUAGCUUCCGUCUAAAAAGCAACAUAUAUUUUUUGGGGUGAAAUGAAAUAAAAGAGAAAAAGUCCUGACCAGCUGAAUCAACACGUCCAUGACUGAUGUGUCUCUGCUACUCAUGUUGGAAUGUAGCGCAGCCAGCAGCUGUCUUGUAUGUCAAGGGGGAGUAUGUGAGGGAUGAAAGGUUGCAUGGAUGUCUGCUCAGCUGUGUUAACGAGAGCGCAUGUCAAAUCAAAUCAAAUCGAAUUGUAUGGCCACAUGCGCCGAAUACAACAGGUGCAGACAUUACAGUGAAAUGCUUACUUACAGCCCUUAACCAACAGUGCAUUUAUUUUUAAUAAAAAAGUAGAAUAAAACAAAAAAAGUGUUGAGAAAAAAAGAGCAGAAGUAAAAUAAAAUAACAGUAGGGAGGCUAUAUAUACAGGGAGGUACCGGUGCAGAGUCAAUGUGCGGGGGCACCGGCUAGUUGAGGUAGUUGAAGUAAUAUGUACAUGUGGGUAGAGUUAAAGUGACUAUGCAUAAAUAAUUAAGAGUAGCAGCAGCGUAAAAAGAUGGGGUGGGGGGGGGCACUCCGGUACCGCUUGCCGUGCGGUAGCAGAGAGAACAGUCUAUGACUAGGGUGGCUGGAGUCUUUGACAAUUUUGAGGGCCUUCCUCUGACACCGCCUGGUAUAGAGGUCCUGGAUGGCAGGAAGCUUGGCCCCAGUGAUGUACUGGGCCGUACGCAUUAUCCUCUGUAAUGCCUUACGGUCAGAGGCCAAGCAGUUGCCAUACCAGGCGGUGACGCAACCAUUCAGGAUGCUCUCGAUGGUGCAGCUGUAGAAUCUUUUGAAGAUCUGAGGACCCAUGCCAAAUCUUUUCAGUCUCCUGAGGGGGAAUAGGCUUUGUCGUGCCCUCUUCACGACUGUCUUGGUGUGUUUGGACCAUGAUAGUUCGUUGGUGAUGUGGACACCAAGGAACUUGAAGCUCUCAACCUGUUUCACUACAGCCCCGUCGAUGAGAAUGUCGACUAACGUUAUUCACCAGCUCAGCUGUAGAACUGGCCGAUAGCUCAUCAACACACAAAAUACAAAGUACAAUCAACAAUACUAAUGAAAGUAUCUCUGCUUUAAAAUAUAGCUACCUAGACUUCAGUAGACAUGACACUUUGGGCAUAAUGAGAAGUCGUGAAACCCCCAAUGAUGUCUUUGUAAUAUAUUUAUCAGUGGACCAAAAAUGUUAAUAAAAAAAACGAACUGAAUGUUAUGGUUUUUCUAUUCCUCAGGAGUUUGAGGAGUUAAGCAAGAGGCUGGGUGAUGUGUCCAGACACGUCCAGAUCCCUCUGCCUGUGUCUAACGUCCUGUGGGAACACUGCAUCCGUCUGGCCAACAGGACUCUGGUGGAAGGGUAAGUUGUUUACUUGAAUGUACAAAAUACAGUGACUGAAUUCUACAUUAAAACAGGAAUCACCAGAGAGGCCAGAAGGCUUCAGACGAUGGAGGACCAGCUCCUACAUCCUUACUUUGACUUAUAAAAUACUUUCAUUGAUUUCUAGAUAAAAACACUUUUUCAGCAGAUAUACUGCAGCCUUCAUCAAGGGGCUGAGUGGGGGCUGAUGCGUCAUGUUAUUCCAAUUAAUAAAAACUUUCCAAAAUAGUAAAUAUGUCUCUCUGUACCCACCUGCAGUUUAUGUGAUAGUAUAUUUCAAAGAUAAGAAUCAGGUACUUUAUUUUAUUUUUUAUAAAUGCUUUUUAUGUGAGCAGCAUAAAGCUGCUGACUAGUUGUAAUGCCAGCAAAUAUCUGAUGAUAAGCACAGCAGGAAAAAGUAUAUCUGUGAACACAAACCUACUGCUCAUUCAAUUAUAGUUUAUAGCGAUAGUUCAUCACUCAGGGAUAUGCUAAUAUGUACCUGUGGAAUACAGGGAUUUACUGCCAGUGGAUUUGAGAGGUGUGGACAUUUUAGCUGCCUCGUUCAUCUCUUAUUUUGACGUCUUUCGUCUUUUUGGUCGAGGGGCCCGUUCCUUGCUCCCGGGGUACACUCGUAAAUAUCAGCUGGUACGCAUGUCAUAGGCUGAAUACCUCAAGUGAGUUAUUGAAUAAGGCCGGAUUGGAGCCCCUGUCGUCUCCCGCAGUAAGGUACGACCACAAGCUGCUUCGAGCCAGAACAUCGAUCAAGAAAAGUUAUUUACUUUCCCCCACUCUUUUUUUUCUUCUCAAGGUUUAAACAUCCUCUUGAUGGAACAUCUGCUUGUCAUAAAUACAAAAUAAAAAAAAUUAGAGUACCGCAAAGGAACGUGCUGAUUGCCUAGAAAAGCACUCAAGACAUGAGUGUUCCCAGCUUUUCUCCAGCUUUCUCUCAGACAUUCUCCUGAGACAACUCCUCUUCAGUCCUCUCUGUGCCUCCUUCUCCCCAACCACAACAUCAUCCCAGGACUGUUAUACGUUCUGUUAAAGAGACCCCACAGGGAACAUGUCUGACACAAGGCUGGCCUGAGUCUCCUCUAAACACUUGGCACAUCCGAAAUGGCUCCCAUAACCACCUGCUCCACCCCCAUCUCCCUCGCUAGUCAGUCAAAGGUUUGGGGCCUGAAAGGGACUAAUGCAUUUCCCCUCAAAUCAGCACUUUUACCCUUUCUUUCUUUCUCUGCACAAUGCAUUAUUCAUAGUGGUGUGUGUGCGUGUGCGUGUGUGUGUGUGCGUGCGUGCGCAUGGGUGUGCGCGUGUGAAAGCAUGUGUGAAAUAGAAGUACUGGCUGGCAGAGUUUGAUACGGCCAGGUGAGAUCCCCUUUAGACCAGAGAGACAUGGCAUUAAAGGGGGGGGGUUGGGAAAAGAUGCCCAAAGGUGUACAACUAACAUGUAAUAAACUGAACAGGGUCCUCUUCAUUCUCUCCUUCACACAUCAUCAUGGACAUGAUCUGUGUAUCAGUAUUAGACCUAUGGAGCUCCUUCACAAGAGUCUGCCUCUCUCAGCUCUCAGUCUUUCCCUCUCAGCUGCCCAUCCCAGACUGAGAUUAGUCUAGUCUCUGGUAUUCCCUUCCCUCUGUAUCCCCAAGUUCCUGGUCUGACUGAGGCUGCGUCCCAAAUGACUAUAUAGUAAUUCCCUAUAUAGUGCACUAUAAAGGGAAUAUGGUGCAAUUUGGGACGCAGCCUGAGUGUCACGGUACUGUGCCUCCUAUCACCUCCUUCCUUCCACUAUGAUAGAGUGGCCAGGCGUUGUCUGUUUGUCUUGCUCGCUGACUUGUUUGCUGUGUUUGUUACAGUAUCUUCGUCUCCUACUCCCAACUGGACUCCUCAGAGAGGAGAUAGAGCCUCUUGACAGUCUGACUCACCACUCACUGUCUCACCCCGGGGACUCUGACAACCUCAGAGAGAGAAGGAUGAAGGAAGGGAGGGAGGUAUAGAUGUAGGGAGGUGAGGAGGAGAUAAAGAGGGGGAGAGAUAAAGAGUGAGAGGAGAGAAAGGUAGACUGGCAGGAUCUAUCUUCACCUGAAAGCAAUAACAGCUCUGUCAGGACCAGAACAAAUAUGGAUGUCAGCAGCCACUGAUCUGGUGGACGUGGUUCCACAACGAUACACACACACACACACACAGACACACACACACACACACACACACACACACACACACACAACGGAACAGUCAGAUGUGACGGGCACUCCAACUGAGGACCCUCAAAUCUAGACCCCCACACGCUGUGAAGAGAGUUUGUGAAGUUAUCAAGUGAACAAUGAAUAUAAAAUGUUUACUUGUUGGCUUUUUUUUUUUUUUUACAAAACAAACCCUUCAACUGUCUGAGACAAAAGAUGCCAUGAAGAAAACUGUCUGAGCAGAAUUAAGAGUUAUUAGAUUUAUUAACUCUGUCGAUUUCAUAUUUUCUCCUUUGACAUUUUUGUUUUUAAUUCUUGUGCCUUGGGCAUCAAGGAUACAAAUGUCAUGUUUUUAGAACGGCGCUAAUAAACAACUCUGGAUUCUGAAACUUCUGUCAACAAAAAGUCAACUUCUGUAUCUUAUUCUGAACUACUGUCUGGCAGAAAUAAAAAGUCAACAAAAAGUCAACUUGUGUUGUCCUGUUCCGUCCUGUAGCUAUGGUAACGUAAAGAAGUGCAGUAACGAGGGUCGGGCCCUGAUGCAGCUGGACUUCCAGCAGUUCCUGAUGAAGCUGGAGAAGCUGACAGACAUGAGGCCCAUCCCUGACAAGGACUUUGUGGAGACCUACAUCAAGGCCUACUACCUGACAGAGAAUGACAUGGAGCAGUUUAUCAAGAACCACAGGGUGAGGAACACUCAAGGCAGCUUUGGAGUUAUCAUAAUAAUUAUUCACUCAGUCUGCUCAAUGUGCUUCCAUUAAUUCUACAAUGUGUAGCACAAACCUGGGUUUGUGCAUUGAAAACUGCAAUAGUUAAACACAGUUACAAUAGCCAGCUGUGACGUAAGACUAAAGACUAUCUGAGACUGAAGACUAUCUGAGACUGAAGACUAUCUGAGACUGAAGACUAUCUGAGACUGAAGACUAUCUGAGACUGAAGACUAUCUGAGACUAAAUACUAUCUUAGACUGAAGACUAUCUUAGACUAAAGACUAUCUGGGACUGAAGACUAUCUGAGACUAAAGACUAUCUGAGACUGAAGGCUGUCUGUCCAUAAUAUGUGUGCGUCUGUCUGUCCCACAAGGAGUACUCCAUGAAGCAGCUGACCAACCUGGUGAACGUGUGUCUGGGCUCUCACAUCAACAAGAAGGCCCGGCAGAAACUCCUGGCAGCCAUCGACGACAUCGACAGACCAAAGAGAUAG